AUGUCUGCCAGAGCACCCGCCUUCCACUUCGGUCGACCCACGGGUAUCUCCCCGCCGUCCACGUCUGCCCCCGCCAGGUCACACCAUACCACCCGCCAGGUCUCCCGCAAGUCUGGCGGACUUGUAGAGGUGGAACUUGGACCGUCGGGCGACGCCAACCUCAAGCGCGCCCGGGUUCCGAGCCCCGAGCCUUUGGAAGAUGCGCCUGAGCCCACGGACGACGCUGAAGUCCGCGUAUCCAAACAAGCGCGUAUCAACGGGCCCGCCGAAGAGCUUCAGCUCCCGUCAGGCGAAGCUCUAUCUUACUUGACCCCUCGCGACCGCGACUUCGUGAAAGAGAUCGGGCAGAGGAACAGCAAGUGGACGGGCAAGGUGAACCGCAUAUCCGGUGUUAUCCUUGUGAACGAGACAAUCCCCGUUCCCGUGAAUGCCAACCUAUACAACGUCAUCGAGCUUCUCGCUCUUUACCUUCGGGCUGCCCGUGAUGGAAACGUCGCGGUAUUCGAACAGUUGCUUGCCUAUUUCGACGGUCUCCGACUCAAGGUACCGGAAGGUAUGACGGUUGGCUCCGGGCUUCAGCUGCUGUUUGACGCGCUCCAGCAAUCCCGUCUGGCUUACGCCGCUACCACGAGCCAACUCGCCAUCGCCUUCAACCGGUUCGGGCUUCAGGCGCCGUCUGAAAUGAGCAACGACCUCGCAGUCGCAUACCUCUGCGACUCUAUCGCUGACAAGUUGCGUGACACAUGCGUUCGCUCGGCGUCCCGUCAUCUUCUUCUCCUCCGUGACAUCUCCCAAGGCUGCAUACGGAUCAAUCAGAAGAAGAUCCAGAGGCUGUCUGCGGAGCUUGAAGCGAAGGACGCGCAGAUCGAAGAGACGGAGGAAAGGCUGGACGAGGCGGGCGUGGAGUUGAGCAUGCAGGACGACGAGAUCGCCUCACAAGAUGAUGCGCUGGUCGCCUCACACGAGUCUAUCUCAGCGCUGAACAACACGCUGUUGCGUAAGCGGUGGGCGCUUGCGGGAGAGCGCGCUGCCAAUCUCGCCAUGCGCCGCGAGUUGGACGCAGAAACUGACGCACAUGCCGUGACGCGUCGUGAGCGUCAGGCGGCACUCGACGAAAGGGCUCAUCAGCAGCAAGAGUUUUCCGCGCAAGCCUUAGCGCUUGGCCAGCACAUUACCGCCUUUGUGAACGCGGCUCAGCUCGGUGCGAACUAG